AUUCAUGGCGUUUUUGGCGCCAUAUUUCUUUAACAAAAAAUGUCAUAUCCUUUUAAAAUAAAUAACCUAUCAGUGUUGAUCAUAAUGUUCAGCAUGAUCAUAAUACCUAGUCAUUCAGCUCCGGUUAAAUUCACCAACAUAUCUAUCAGCAUGGAAAUGAAUUCUUUUCCAACUCAACUAACCAAUCAAGUCAUUAAUCAUAAACUGAUUCAAUUAAACAAUAGUGAACAUGAAUUAAUCAAAGUCAAUGAUGAUAGUCCAAAUGAUUUCAAUGAAUUCCUUAUUUUCGGAAUUCAUACUUAUAAAAAUCGCAACGUUUCUUUAUGUCGUUGGCAAAAUCCGAAAUCCAUUUUAAUGAAUGGAACAAAUUUUGGUGUUGCAUUCGGUCGGGACAAACGUUAUCAUCGACCAUAUUCAACCUGUUUGUACAAUCCUAACAUCGAUCCAUUGAAUGUUUUGCUCAUUGAAAAUAGAUAUUCGAGUAUUUAUGCUCCCGUCCCGGGUGGAUGUAACAUUGAAUUUCCAUUGGAAAUCUCUCCAUUUAUUUAUAUAAGACCAACAAAUUUUCCUUUAAUCAACUAUCUGACAUUUCAACAUGCAGCUUUGGGUAAUGAAACUGAUUGGAAAUAUCAAUGCGGCCAAGAAAGUCGCAAUCAGAUUGAAUAUCUUAUCUAUGCACAUACCGACGAUAAUGACGACAAUGAUGAGACAGAAUAUUUUCAUCGAUUAAUUUUAAUGUCUAAUUAUGAUUGGAUUGCUACUCAUUGUUGGCUCAUAGCUAGAAUAAAUCCAAAUCAAUCACCACUGCGGUUGUAUUUCUCGUUUAAUUCCAAACAAACAAUUUAUUUUAACAUUAUUGCUCGUUUGAAAAACGAAGCUGCCCAAAAUGACUUAAUUCAUUGGUCAUUGUAUGUUCCUAGUCAUAAUCUCGAUAACAUCAAUAAGCAUUCAGAAUCUGUGGAUAUUGUAUUCAUUAUUGUACUAGUCUUCAUGGGCAUAUUAUCAACAAUCGUUUCACUCAUUGGUUAUCGAUAUUUUAUUUUCGAAAUAUUCUUUUUUGCUUUUAUUCUGGUUUUUGCCUUUACAAUAUCAUUGCUCACCACUAUUUCUUCAAAAUGGCAUCCACAUAAUUCCAAUCAAAGUUAUCAUUGUCAAUAUGAGAAUCUAAUCUAUGCAUUCAUAAUAAGUAUGAUUAUAGCAUCCAUAUGGACAAUUUUCUGUCGAUACACUCGAAAUCUUCGUUUGGCAUUAUCAUUACACUCAAUUGUAUUAUCGUUUUGGUUGAUGGCUACUCUGUUCAAUGUGUAUGUGUUAAGUUAUGGAAGUUAUUCAUUCGAAUAUAACAAUGAAAAUCAAAAUCUUGAGCUUUUUCUCAACAUUGCAUUUGUAUUUGGCGUUCUAGUCUUCCAUUUGACAAUGUUUUAUUUCAUCGAUUUAUUUUGGAUGAGUGCCCUCUCAACAUCACUCAUAACUGUUUACCUUCAGCUACUUCCAUUUGAUUGCUGCUUUUUACUAAAGAAUUAUUCUCUUUUUCGUAUCACAUAUAAUCUAUGGCUUUAUAACAAUUAUCACAUAAUUAGGGUUUACCCAUUUGUCAAUUUAAUAAAUUUGACCAAGAAUGAUUUACUGACAUUCAUAUUAUUCCUGUUCAUCACAUCAUUAUCGAUUGCUUGGCAAUUAUGGUCCAAAAUUGGAAAUAUUUCUUAUGGUUUUGCUUGCAUUACCACUAACAUUCCGGCGACUUUAUUGAUCGAAAAAGCAUCAACUAUAUCAUCAUCACCAUCAUCGGUGAAAACAUUUAAUUCAAAAGAUACGAUCAAACAAAAUCGAUAUCGUCGAAAAAAUCAUCAUAAUCACCAUCGAAAAUAUCGAUCAAAGAUUUUGUACGGGCUUCGCAAACCAAACAAUAAUAACAAGAAACAAACAAAUGGUCAACAACAUAAACGAAAAUAUUAUCGCUGUAAAUAUUGUCAUAAAAUCUCGGAUAAUCCUAACAGUACUAAAAGUAUAAACAGACAAAUAAAGAAUUUUGGAUAGGAAAUUUCGGGUUUUUCAACCCAUCCGAAAUUUUUGACUGGUCAUAUAAAACGUGAUUUUUUGAACAUCAUCAUUAUCAUUUAAGUUUUUCCCCUGUGCACUAAGCUUUCCCUCAUAAAAUGUCUAUUUCCAACAAUGUAGACUAAC